UAACCAAACAAUAACACCAACUCCUUCUGCUGCUGAAUAAAUUAGGUAUUAUUUUUUUCUUUGGGUUUACCAGAAUCAAUCGCUGCCUUUCUGCUUCAUUUAUGUCCUGAAAUUCUACGAGGCAUUGCGUAGAAGUUGGGUUUCUGCUCCGGGUUGACGUGGAAUGGUUUCAGUAACAAAUUAUUAACUGCAGACUAGUGCCGUUCCGGAAAAAAUCAGUCAGCAGAAUUAUAAUUGCUCAUGGCUAGAAAAAAUAUUUCAACAAGCCAAUUCGUUUAUCCUGUUUUCCUGCUGAUAUUGUCUAGCCAUAUCCUCAGAUUCCCUCGUGCUGCAAUGGACACCAUCUCACCGGGACAAUACAUCAGAAACCCUCAAACUGUUGUAUCUGCUGAUCAAAAGUUUGAACUAGGAUUUUUUAACCUUGGGAAUUCUUCGAGUUAUUAUUUGGGAAUAUGGUAUAAAGAGAUCCGGGAGCAAACUUUUGUAUGGGUGGCAAACAGAGAUUACGCGGUCAUUGCUUCUGCAAAUCUCACAAUCAAUAACGAUGGCAACCUUGUGAUUCGGCAAGGCAAGGUUGUUUUCCUAGUGACAGACAUAUCAUCUAAUGGAAAUGUGACUGCUACACUAUUAGAUUCAGGAAACCUUGUUGUGAGAGAUGAAAAUAACAAUACCUUAUGGCAGAGCUUCGACUUCCCUACAGAUACUAUCCUGCCAGGAAUGAAGCUUGGUUAUGAUAAGGGGGCUGGAAAAUAUUGGUCGUAUGUGUCUUGGAAAAGUACUGAUGAUCCAAGUCUUGGAAAUUUUUUCUUGUACUUGGAUCAUGGUUUACUACGUCGAAUUCUUAUCACGAAUGGUUUAAGAACAUAUUGGACUGGUGAUGGGAUUGGAGAUAAUAACAUGUACAAUUUCACCUAUGUCUCUAAUGGGAGCAUGGACUAUAUCGCAUAUGAUGUGCAUGACAUAAAUGUAAAGAGCAGAUUUGUAAUGGAUAUAUCAGGACAGUUUAAACAAUUUAUAUGGUUGGAAAGAACAAAGAAAUGGAAAAGCAUCUGGGCACAACCACGAAACCAAUGUGACGUUUAUUCUUAUUGUGGGCCUUUUGGAAGCUGCAAUGAGAGGUCUGCGCCUUUUUGCAGUUGUUUGCAAGGAUUUGAACCUGACUCUAUCAAGAAUUGGAAUAGUUUGGGCUUUUCUGGAGGAUGCAAACGGAGAAACGCUCUGCAAUGUGUCAAUAAUACCACAUCAAAGGGUGCAGGAGAUAGAUUUAUUCCGCUGUCUAAAGUAGCACCACCUAGUAAUCCAAUAGCUCUUGAUGUUCAGAGCAUUGAUGAUUGCAAGUCAUAUUGCUUGAAUAACUGCUCCUGCAGUGCUUAUUCUUAUACCCAGCAAGGCUGCUCAAUAUGGAUUAGAGAUCUUAUCAAUCUAAAAGUACUGUCACUUGAUCAGAUUUCUGGAAAAGAUAUUUAUCUCAAACUGGCUGCUGCUGAAUUCAGCACCGGAAAAAAAAAGAGGAUGCUGAGAAUUAUUUUAAUUCUAACCACUUCUCUGGCAUUUCUUACUGCUGCCCUGCUAAUUUGGAGGUUGUGGAAGAAAAAUCACAAGAAAAAGGGGAAGGACUUGUUAUCAUUUGAUUUUAGUAUUAGCACAUCAGCUACCAAUUAUGAACAGACUGAGGUAAAAAGGCUCAGGGAAGAUAAAAAUGAGGUGGAGAUUCCAUUAUUCAGUUUUUCUAGCGUAUCAGCUGCUACAAAUAACUUUUGUACCGAUAAUAAACUUGGAGAGGGUGGAUUCGGACCUGUAUACAAGGGAAAAUUACUUAAAGGGCAUGAAGUAGCUGCAAAGAGGCUUUCUAGAAGAUCUGGACAAGGAUGGGAUGAGUUAAAAAAUGAGGCAAUGCUCAUAGCCAAACUCCAACACAAAAAUCUCGUGAAGCUUCUUGGCUGCUGCAUUGAGGGAGAUGAGAAGAUUCUCAUCUAUGAGUAUUUGCCCAAUAAGAGCUUGGACUUCUUUCUCUUUGAUUCAACCAAGAGUAGUGUACUUGAUUGGAGAACUCGUGUCAGCAUCAUUGAAGGGAUUGCUCAAGGUCUUCUUUAUCUCCACCAGUUUUCUAGGUUACAAAUUAUCCACAGGGAUUUGAAGGCAAGCAACAUUUUGUUGGAUGAAUACAUGAACCCUAAAAUUUCAGACUUUGGGAUGGCAAGAAUUUUUGGAGGAAGUGAACCAAGAGCAACCAAUCGGAUUGUUGGGACAUAUGGCUACAUGGCUCCUGAGUAUGCUUUGGAAGGUAUCUUCUCUGUAAAAUCUGAUGUCUUCAGCUUUGGAGUUCUGUUCUUGGAGAUCUUAAGUGGCAGGAAGAACACCGGUUUCUAUCAGAGCAAUUCUCUCAAUCUUCUUGGACAUGCAUGGGAUCUUUGGACAACCAGUAGGCCUAUGGAGUUGAUGGAUCCAAUACUCCAAGAUAGUUCUUCAGCCAAUUCACUGAUUAGAUAUGUUAACAUUGCACUUCUUUGUGUUCAAGAACGCGCAGUGGACAGACCAACUAUGUCUGAUGUUGUCUUGAUGCUGAGCAAUGAACUCACUUUCCUACCUACUCCAAAACAACCAGCUUUCUCAAGUGUAAGAAGUAUGGUGGACAAUAAUUCACCUAUUACCAAGCCAGAGAUUUGGUCUGUCAAUGAAGUAACAGUCUCAAUGAUGCAAGCUAGAUAAACCUUAAGACAUUAAAAUAUUCUAAAGGGAAAUCACAUAGAGAAAUAUUUACAUUUUGUUUUGACCAAUAAUCCUGCAGGUUUUAUAUGUAGGCUACAAGCAAAUCUGUAAAUUUCCUUUUAUGUCUCUGAAUCAAUGAAUAGAAAAAUGCAUAAUUAAGAAUA